UUUUCCUGAAAGCUGAGGAAACCCCUGAAGAAAACUCUGACAAGUCAGCACGGUCCACGACUGCAGCGCGAAUAGUUAUUAAUACAGAUAAAUAUAGAUCAAUUUCUUUAUACACGCGCCCGAUAUUAAUACGCUUAGUCAGCACGCGCACAGAGGCGGAGAGAGAGAGGGAGAGAGAGAUACAGUAGUUUGUGUAUGUACAUAUGCAUGUGUUUUGUGUGAGUGUGUGUAUGUCUGUGAGAUUGUAUUUGUGUGUAUGUGAUGGAGUUCUCAGCUGUGCUCGUGCUCUCCCUGUUUCUCGGGGCUCUUCUCGUGCUGAUCUUUGCUGCAGUUGCGAAGAGAAACGGAACACCUGAGCAACCUGAGCCAGAGCAGGUAAAACCCACAGCUGAAGAGAGUUCAGCGAAAGCCUCUUCUAAGAAGCAGAAACAGCAGCAGCGACCACGGAAAGAAAAACCCCAGCAGCACAUUUUCACCCACACUCUUCUGGCAUCUUCUCUAAAGAACCACAGUGGGAAUAUAACAUGCCUAGAUUUCAGCAGCAAUGGUAAAUAUCUGGCCUCCUGCUCAGACGACCGUAGCAUCCGGAUCUGGAGCACCAAGGACUUCCUGGACCGUGACCAUAAAUGUCUGCGAGCGAAUGUAGAGUUUGACCAUGCUACACUCGUCCGCUUCAGCCCAGAUUCCCGAGCUUUCAUCACAUGGCUGGCCAACGCAGAGACCAUUCGGAUCUUCAAGAUGACUAAGAAGGAGGACGGCACGUUCAGUUUUAAAGCUGCUCCAGAGGACUUUCCCCAGAGGCACAAAGGAGUGAUCAUCAACAUCGGCAUAGCAGCAACAGGCAAGUUCAUCAUGACUGCUUCUGAGGACACCACUAUCCUCAUCUGGGACCUGAAGGGAGAAGUUUUAGCAUCUAUCAACACCAACCAGAUGACUAACUCAUACACAGCAGUCUCUCCCUGUGGCAGGUUUGUGGCAUCCUGUGGUUUCACGCCGGAUGUAAAAGUGUGGGAGGUGUGUUUUGCGAAGACAGGCGAGUUUAAAGAGGUCACGCGAGCUUUUGACCUGAAAGGACACUCGGCUGGAGUUUAUUCCUUUGACUUUUCCAAUGAUUCACGCAGGAUGGUGACCGUGUCUAAAGAUGGCACCUGGAAGCUGUGGGACACUGAUGUGGAGUAUAAGAAGAAGCAGGACCCCUACUUGCUCCGGACGGUACCGUGCCGAGUUUCAGAGGGCAGCCGGAUUUCUCUGUCUCCAGACGGUCGCGCCGUGGCCGUGUCUAAUGGACGUGACAUAGCCAUGUACAGCGCCACCUCUGGUGAGCUGGAGGAGGAGUACCUCUAUGUCCACAGUGAGGACAUCACUGACCUUAAAUUUGACAUUAACAAUCGAUUCCUGAUUAGCACCGGCGAUAGAGCCAUCCGCGUCUUCCACAAUGUCACCGGUUACCGCGCUGCAAUCCAGGACAUGCAGGCACUGCUGAAGAAAGCCUCCAACGACGGGGUGAAGCAGAGGCUACAGCAGCAGCUGCUGGAUGCCCAGAAUGCCUUGGACAUGGUGCUGAGUGGAAAAAAGAGCUAAACAGAUUAAAGGUUACAUCUGUUCCUCACUUGUUGCCUCUGAACACUGUCGGGUUUGUGUUUGCAGUUGUUUUGUUUUGGCAUGUUGGUUUUAAUAAAUAAAUUAAAAGAAA